AUGAGUAAGUAUGUCCAACAACAAACCACCGAUGAACAGAUGAAGCUCUGGCUCGAGGAACGACGGAAGAGAUUUCCUCGUCGUAAACCUACUCAAAACAACGACGAGAAAAAGACGGAAGAGUCGAAGCCAAGACCUCCUGAAAAAGACGAGAAAGAGCAGACGAAGGUGAGAGAAAUUGGUCUUGAGAACAUGUCAGACCUCCCCGAAGAAAUAUCGUCCAAAAAAGAGGAACCAAAAGAAGAAGAAGAAUAUCAGAAGAAAAGUGCAAACACUAAUAUCAAAAGACAGAAAAGACAUGACAUCACCGAUUUGUUAAUGACUAAAAUGCAAGAACAAGUGCAAGAAGUCGAGUUUGAUAUUCUCUUCGAAGCCAUCGAUUUUUUACUCGAACAAGAGAACCACUGA